AUGGGGGAUAGAUAUUUUCGGGUGAAGCAAGAGGCUGAAGUACGCAGUGGACGGAGCAGCCCUCAAGAGGUCGACAAAUCCUUGGCGACCGAUGAUUCUGAUGGCGACGACAGAAAUGAACUGAGCUGGGCUCCUGCUGUCUGCGGUGGCUUUUUUGGUGGACUCGUCGGUAUGACGCUUGCGUGUGACGCCUGCGACUCCCGCCAUCUACGUUUGCGCUUGACGGCAGCACGUGCGGCAGGAACAGUCACUAAACAUAAGCCCGAAGAGAGCUCGGAGCACUGGCUCAUCCUGGGUUUUCCUGAUGGCGCAGUUGCAUGCGUAGAACACGGCAUUGUCCGCCAAACAUGCCGGGUGUCGAGGGGCCCAAUCAAGAGCCUGGUGGGGACAAGGAUUCUAGGCGUCCCUUCUGCCGUGCCACGAAUGGACCAGCGUUGUUUCCCUGGUGCAGCAGGCAGAGCCGGGGAGGUGGCGUGGGCUGCAAUCUGCUCCAGUGGAGAGGUGGCCUUUUUGUUGUUACCAGCAGACAUCGCAACGGAGGACUUCGCCAUGACUGUUGUGAAGAGGUUCUUCCUGGCCUCCUGGCUAGCUGGGAACACACCUACUGUAAUGCAAAUCACGAAGCCUAUGUCAAUGCCGGCACAAGGAUGCACAUCAUCUACCCGUCUUCGCCUUCCAGAAGGUAACGGCUGUUGGGUGGAGGAGGGACCUCAGAUUUGGCGAACACUCCAGCCCCACGAUGACAAACAAACUGGCCAUUCAGAAGCUCCUUUUGGAGUGUUCGCGCUGGGGUUCGGAACGACAGUUUUUGACACCCCGCUGAGCGGCAUUGCCUUUUUCGCACCCCGUGUUGACGGUGAUGGGGCCUCAUGCCACCCACAAGUAAACCUUGCAGAGGGAAAAAACCUGUAA